AUGGCGAAAGGGAAGAGCAACCCGAAGACGCUGGAGGCGGUGAAGCGCGCGACGAAGCAGGCGAGGCAAGCGGACGCGGCGAGCGGCGGUGGCGCCGCGCCGUCCGAGCCUACUUCGUCGCGUCCUCCGCCUCCGUCCGACGCGCGCGGCGGAUCCGGCGGGAAGAGCCGCAAGAGCGCGAGAGGCCGCCGCGGCGCGCGCUCGGACUCGGACGACGACGAGGAGGCGGCGGCGGCCGCGGCGGCCGCGGCGUCCGCCGCGCGCGAGGCGAAGCGCGGCGGCGCGACCGGCACCGGCUCCUCCGCGCGCGUGCAGCUCGGCGGCUUCGGCAUCGGAUGCCGCGGCACCGGGAACGAGAAGGCGCGGAAGCUCAGGGAGGAGCACGACGAGGCGGUCCGGAGGAAGAAGGCGACGCGGAAGAAGGAGGCGGAAGCGAGGGCGGCGCGCGAGGCGGCCGCGGGAUCGCUCAACCAGCUCGCCGCGGACGAGGAGGAGGCGGCGUGGCGCGUGCGGAAUCCGACGCGAAACGCGCGCGCGAAUCGAUCGAAGAAGGACCGAGGAGGAGGAGGAGGAGGAGGAGGAGGACGGGGGGGGAGGGUCGACGACGAGGACGAGGACGACGACGUGGGCGCGGGCGUCCUCGCGAGGAGCGCGCUCGCGGACUUGGAAGAGACGGAGGAGGAAGACGGCGACGGCGAGGAGGCGGGGAGGGGCGUCGGCGGCGCAGGCGCCGGCGGUUUUUCGCUGCUUCGCGGGAGCGACGACGACGACGACGAGGAAGAGGAAGAGGACGAGGAAGAUGAAGAAGAUCCCGAGCCCGAGCCCGAGCCCGAGCCCGAGUCCGUGAUAGAGGUCGAAGACGCGCCGGCGGAAGACCUCGAAGACGUUCUGGUCGAGGACGUUCCAGACGAAGAGCCGCCGCCGCCGCCGCCGCCGCCGCCGCCCGAGGAAGCGGCCGACGCCGCCGCCGCCGCCGCCGACGACUCCGAAUCCUCCGCGUGGGAGACCGAGAGCGACGACGACGGCGCCGCGCCGUGGGAACCGCGCCUGCGCGAGUCGCUCUUCGACGGCGUCGUCUCGGCGUCGUUCGAGGAGAACCUCGAUCGCAUGCGCGUCGAGCACGGCUUCGUGCCGCCGUAUCGACGCAACCUGAUCGACCCGGAGGGGCUCGUGUCCUACCUCCAGCGCAAGCUGUACCGCGAGCGUCGAUGCGUGUUCUGCGACCGCGUGUUUGGUACCCUGGAGGGCGUCCGAGGGCACAUGCGCGAUAAGCAGCACGUGCGCAUCAAGUUUGAGCCGCUGAGCGCCUCAGAGUUGGAGCUCUUCGCGGAGGACUACGCGCCGGAGUACUCGGAGUUUUACGACUUCGCGUCGAACGACACCGCCGCCGCCGUCGUCGUCCCCUCGGACUACACCGCGGUCGGAUCCACCGCGAGCCUCGCGGGUCUCGAGCUCGUGACGCGCAGCGGGAAACAGAUCGGCCACAGGAACUUCCGGAGGUACUACAAGCAGCGGUUCAGGAACGAUUACGUCGCCAAGGGGGCGUCGAACAGAGAGCGCGAACGCGCCGUCUCUGUCGCGGUUCGACUCGCGACGCGCGAGAGGAACAAACAGCGCAACGAGGUCCUCGCGCGGUCGAUGCGGAUCGAGCGGAGAGGGAUGAGCAAGGCGAUCGCGAGCCAGUUCGCGUUUAAAGCCGGCGCCGCGGAUAACGCGGCGAGACGCGCCAUCGUGCAUCACUGGGGCGCCGGCGGUGGCGGAAGUCACUAUCACAACAGCGGUUCUAAGCAAUUCUUGAAAGGGGUGCGCGUCAAGGGCGUGGUGUCGAGGCACUCGAAGCAGGGCGCGAAGAUGCAGGCCGCGCGCGUGCAGGCGGCGAGGAACCGGAGCAACCGCGGAAAUGCGUCCGUCGCGGUGCUCAGGUCGUCCACGAGGAAGGGGUAG